CUUACUCUGAGAGCGGUCAGCUGGACGCUCGUUAUGCCGCAGCUUGGCUGAUCACUCUCAUCUCGAAAGUCUUUGUUAAUGGACUCCUCUGAGCCGCUGUUCCUCAGUUGCCGCUCUGUCGGGAACCUUCUGACCGCAUUUUAACAGCCACCUCCUGUUAAACAAUAAUUUGCUGCCCGUUGCAUCUUUAUUUCCUCUCGAGCUCGGGCUAAUAUCCGCUCGUUUUUACGAACAAGGCAGUAAUGGCUAACGGAGGAGUGAUGCUGCCGCUGCCGCCGCUGCUGCCGCCGGCGGCUCGGGCUCGCUUUGCCUGAUGUAAGACUUCUCUCUGCGGGGUGCAAAGAUGACUUCAUCGUGAGCAGAGGACGAAGAGGAGAAGGAGGAGGACACUGCCAAGAGCUGACGACACACCGCUGCCAUAAAGUCAGAAGCUCUGCUCCUGCCGCCAACCUUUGUGUGUGACUGUGUCAACCAUGGAGACCACUCAGCUGACUCUAGUUGUCAGAGGAGACACGUCCCCAGGUGAGUUGAUUGCUGUUGUUGGCAGCUGUGAAGCCCUGGGGUGCUGGAGCUAUGAAAAAGCUGUCACCUUACAUCCUGAUGGAAAUGAUGGAAAUACAUGGACCACAACGGUCACUGUACCAAAAGGAGUUGUUACCAAGUACCGCUAUUUCAAGGGCUUCUUUUUGGAGUCUAAGAGCGCAGAUGGUCCCUGUCAAGUGAUAGUCAAUGUGUGGGAGACACAUCACCAACCCCGCACGAUGAGCCCCACAGCAUCACACCAGAAUAUUGAUGAUGGACAAUUUGGAAUUAACAAUGGGGUAAAAUGUGUCGACUCUGGGUGGCUUACGUGCCAGACAGAGAUUCGCCUGCGUCUGCACUAUUCUAAGACGCCUCCGGUGUCCAUCACCAAGAAGAAAUUCAAGAAGUCUCGCUUCAGGAUCAAGCUGACAUUGGAGGGCUUUGAAGAGGAGGAAGAUGAAGAGGAAGAUAUACCCAGUCCUGCUUCUUGGAACAAGAUGACCACCACUCUGGAGAUCAGUAUGAUCAGUGCCAAUGGCUACAGGUCGCGUCACUCGCAGCCUGAGUGUGGCUAUGCCCUGGAGCCGUCCCAGUGGACUGAGUACAGUAUCCACACCAUGGACCCAGACAACCUAGAGCUCACCUUUGAGUUCUUUGAGGAGGAUAUGAGUCAACAUGUUGUACAAGGGGAUGAUCAUCCGGGACAUAUGGGCACAGCCUGCCUCCUCUCCUCCACUUUCUGGGAGAGUGGCAAAGACUACGGUGUUGUCACACUUCCCAUCAUGGGCCGAAAUUCCAGACAGACCAUCGGGAAAGUGAGAGUGGAUUACCUGGUGAUUCAGCCCAUCCAGGGGCUGCAGUGUGACAUGAGCUCCUCGUUCGCCAAGUACUGGAAGAAAAGAAGUGCUCUGAAUGUGGGUCACAGAGGAGCUGGCAGCACACAUGCAGCAAAGCACCACAAAGUGAGAGAGAACACUAUCGCUUCAUUCAAAAGUGCUUCUCAGCAUGGUGCUGCCUAUGUAGAAUUUGAUGUUCACCUCUCUAAGGAUGCUGUUCCCAUUGUGUACCAUGAUCUGACAUGCUGCAUAUCCACCAAGAAGAAAAAUGACAAGACUUCACUGGAGCUCAUUGAGGUGCCAGUCAAAGACUUGACUUUUGAUCAGCUGCAGCUUCUGAAGCUGGCCCAUGUUACAGCAAUGAAAGCAAAUGAUUACAAAGAUCUGCUGGACGACGAAGAGGAAAUUGACGAGCACCAACCAUUCCCUUCACUCUCACAGAUCUUUCAGGCUGUUCCUGAGAGUGUGGGUUUUAACAUAGAACUCAAAUGGAUCUGCCAGUUAAAGGACGGGUCAUGGGACGGCAACCUAUCAUCCUACUUCAACAUGAAUACCUUCCUCGAUGUUAUCCUGUCGUGUGUUCUGCAGAGAGGUGGCAAUAGACGCGUUGUGUUCUCCUGCUUUGACCCAGAUAUCUGCACCAUGGUGCGGAACAAGCAGAACAAGUACCCCAUCCUCUUCCUCACUCAGGGAAUUUCAGACAGGUAUCCUGAACUGAUGGACAUCCGCUGCCAGACCACUCAGAUCGCCAUAAGCUUCGCCCAGAGCGAGAACAUCCUGGGAAUCAGUGCUCACUCUGAGGAGCUGCUGAAGAACCUUACCCACAUUGGUGAGGCCCAGUCUAAAGGCCUAGUGCUGUUCAGCUGGGGAGAUGACAACAACGACCACGGGACCAGAAUGAAGCUGAGGGAGCAGGGUAUCGACGGGUUGAUCUAUGACAGUAUCUGUGAGGACCAAGGAGAGCAGCAAAACAUCUUCCAAGUAGAGGAGCAGCACUCCCUGCGGGAGGUCAUCACAGAAGAGACCAUGAAUAGCUCCUCCUGCUCCUGCUACUCCAUCCCCUGCUCCAUGGCUCCCUGCAUCGACUCCAAGUCCCGUAACGGCAGCGCAGAGUCCGACUCUGGCAACAGCUCAUUAUAAUCACACCUAAACUACCUUUCUAUAGAACUCACUGCACACACACUCAAGACAACCAAACUGAAUUACUGUAAUGCAUCUUCACAUAUGUGUUAUGUUUUCUGUUGACAUAAGUGGAUGGUUUGUCAAAACUUAAAGGCAGUCAUGCCUGUUUCUUCAACAACGGGUUUAGGGAUUAGAACUGCUCACAGUUCUCUUUAACAGCAGACCCUAAAAGUGGAUAUUUAUUCAGCCAUUAUAUUUCAUCUCUAGUUUAAAGUGCUAAAAUUAUAUGCAUAUGGUUUUUAUACAGGUGUAAAAUUGUUCAAGUGGCAAACUCGUAAAGUUCACAAUGAUGCUGUCUUUUCUGUGCAUGUAGCCAUUGCCUUAAGGGUUAUUUUUAAAUUGCAAUUAGCACUAGCUUCGGAUUGCUAAUUCAGGUAUGAGAAAUCAUUUGAGAGCGUGUGGCACAUCCGUCGCUGGGUUAGGUUUGCUUACUACGCACAGUCCUCGUAGAUGUGCAUGAGGAUGAGUGCAGGUUGCCAUAAAUGAAAGAAUACCUCCUGGUGAGGAGUCUACAUGGUUGAUUCAUUUCCUAUUGAAUGGACAGUUUCUUCUCCUUUCCAGACUUUCAAACUCAUGCUUAUUGAUUAUUCAGGUUUAAUAGCUUUUAUGGUUAAUUACACACUGCAUGCAUACUGGAUGUAUUAUAUCCUUUAUUCAUUUAAUCCACUUGAUAUGAGGCAAAGCUGAAGAAUGUUAUAUCUGCGACAGUGCACAUGUACCACAGCCUUAAUGGUGAACAGUCUGUGUGACUGUUUCUUUUACAUAGUUUCAAAAUCACCAACACUUAACUGAUGAUCUAUUUUAAUAGACAUGCGUGAACAAAUACUUAAAAUACAAAUACCACACUUCCUAUAAAACUCCUUUCAUGUCGCAACACAAAGCUAUUUGUUGCAUGGCAGAUCAUAUAUUGGAAGAAAACACUUGACAUUAGUAUGAAUUGAGUAUUUAAUGACAAUUGUGUAUGGUUUUGGGGGAUGUAAUGGUAGAAAUGUGAUUUAAUAUUCAUAAUCAUUGCAUUUUGAAAGCACGCAAAACACAACCAUUAUAGUAUACUGUCUGUUUAUUGAUAAAGCCAUGCAUGGUCUGUAAAUCUGUAUGAAUGAGAAACCAGGGAGAAUGAAAGACUGUAGUGUGUAAUAUAAACUGUGAUUUUAGGACAGUAGAGUUCUUUUGGUAAUGUAAAUAAAAGAAAAACAACAUCAA